AAACCUUUGUAAAUAAGUAGAAUCAAUUCUAAGUAACGUUAAGUUUUAUGGCUUUAUAACAAUAGCAAUGCAAAAUAACUGAGGUGCGUGACUCAAAGACACAGCUUCAAGCACUGCACAUCCUGACCCACCCCUGUCAUAAUACCUGCAGCAAGGAAAUGGGCUGGUCCUACCAUGGUGCUUGGCUCUGAGAUGUGACCCAGAGGAGUCACGCAUGCAGGGACCACACCAGCAGCACCAUCCCUGCUACAUCACAUAUGCGUGCACCAUGAGUGUGACACCUCCUGAGCCACCAGCCAGGGUUGUGCCCCUGGGAAGGACACGGAGGCAUGGGAGGUACUGUCAUUACACUUACACUUGUGCCAUUUUACAACUGGUGUAUAGGUGGUUGCUUUUAUUUCUCCCAAAGGUACAGGAUAGUGUCCUCUUCAAAUGCGAAGUGCAGGCUCUGCAGUCCAAGCAGUUCCCAUGGAGAUGUUGCAAUCAUGGGCCUCCCAGGUUCUGCUUGGUCCCAUUCCAGACCACCAAGGAGAUGUGAAGCUCUGGUAGGAACCUUCCAGCCUUGUGCACUGAACCACCAUUUGCCAGGGCUCACACUGAGCUUCCCAAGAUACUGAACUGCUGCUGACUCCACUCCUAAUUCCUCCCUGUGCUGCUGUCAGUGCAGAAUUGAUGUCCGGUUUGGGGGACAGGACACAGCCAAGUCUGUUACCAUCCUCUGUGCCUUUAGCAGACAGGGGGACCAGGCUGGACCUCCAGCUCCAAGGGGGCUCUGUGUGAGCUAGGGACAGGGUUUGGACUGUCCCUAGUAGCUCUGGUGGGAAGAGCCAGCUCCUUCCUCCUCUCUGGCUGGGAGCUGGGUCACUGCUGAAAGCUGGGGAUGGCACCCUGUGGAUCCACAGCCAGGGCCAUUAGCCCAGCAGCAGAGUACUAGCAGGGUCUGAGCACCACCAUGGGGCUUGGUGCUGUUAGGGUGCUGCUGCUGUCACCACAGGGGGGAUGUAGGUGCUGGCUAGGGGAGGUCCUGGGAGCUAUGGGCCGGCUGGAUGACCAUGCUAAGAGAAGGAUUGUGGAGCUGUGCAGGGCCGGGCUGAGUUUCCACAAGAUCAAGAAGGUGCUGGAGCUGGAUGACAUCUACGUGAUGCCACAGGCAGUGUACCUCUUCCUCAAGCAGAAAAGUGUGGAGCGGGUGCUGGUGUCAGCUGCCUGGGACACAGAUGAGCCCCAGCCUCCACUGCAAGGACAAGAGACCAAGCUGCCCAAGCUGGCAGGUCCCUUUUCCCCCGCAGUGCCUGGUGGGGACCCACUGGUCAGCCAGGGCCCCGCAGCUGGCCCUGACACCAAGGAGGGCACCCAGAGUGUCAGCCCAGCCUCACUGUGCCAGGGCGGUGGGCAGAGCAGCGAGGCCUUCCCCAUGGGGCUGCCCCCUGGGAAUGGCGAUGGCAGCUCCACAGGUGCUCUCUUGGCUCCAGGGAUCAUGGCCAGCACUCACCAGCCCCUGCCCAGCCAAGAGUGGCCAAGUGCACCCCUGGCCAGGAACCCAGCCCUGAUGGUGAAGAAGCAGCUUGUGGACAGAACGAUCAUCCUGCAGAAACAGAUGACAGCACUCACACGGUCCUGCUGA